GGGAGGGGGUAGCCGGCCUGGUGCAUGCUGGGAGCUUCUCUCCCACGUGGUGCGCUCACUGUCGAAUUCUUGUCACCUCGGGUGUAACGGUGGCCGCCCCCGGCCCGGCCCGGCCUCGAGGGGCCGCAGCUCGGCGUGACCCUUGUGCCACUACAUCGCCGGCCUGUCGCUACGUCCGCGCGGGCGCCUCCCCUGCUGGGGUCCCUCGUCCCCCAUCUCCGCUCCCGCCUUGGCUCAGCGCCAGGCUCCUGCCCGCCCUUGGGCAGGCGCGCGGGGCCUUGGUCGCGCUGUGUCCCUGCCUGGUGCCGCCUCCGUGCUUUACCUGCGGGUGAGCCUGGGCCCGGGGAGACAUGUGGGGCCCGAGUAAAUCAUGUUCCCUGGGGCCCCUCCCAGCAUGACGCAGAGAUUGGCCUGCCCGCUGCCAGCCCUGGAGGUAAUUCUGGAAACUAUGGACAUACUCUUUAGAAUAAGAGGAGGCCUGGAUCUUGCAUUUCAGCUGGAUACUGCUGAUGAGACUUCAGCGAAAAAGGCAGUAAAGUAUGUUUUCAGUGAUCUGUCGACCAAACUGUCUUCAAAUGUGCUGGUAUUAAGAAUUUGCCAUAGUUCAGUGUAUGUAUGGCCUAACAGCAGUAUGAACACAGUUCCAUCAGAACUGACUGAUAAUUCUGUUUGUAAGGAGAUAAUACGAUUUAUUCGAUUUGACCAAGAAGAUGAGACUAAAAGAAAACUUGCAAAAAAGAAGGAUAAAAAGUUCCAAGAUACGCAGAUAGUAAAUGUAGACCUUAUGUUGGAAAUGACAUCUCCUUUGGCAGCUGUAGCCCCAGUCAUUGAAAGGGAAAACAAGAGACACCACUACGUUAACUUGACCUUACCAAUUGAUGUUGUUGUAUCCGUUUCUCCAGAAGAGCCAUGGAGGAAUGUACGAAAUCUCCUGGUGAAUGCAAUUCAUAAGCAACUAACUGAUAUGGAAAGAUGCAUUUUGAAAUAUAUGAAGGGAACAUCUAUUGUGGUACCUGAACAAUUUCACUUCAUGCUACCAGGAAAAAAGCACCUUGUAACAAUUUCAUAUCCUACAGGCAUUUCAGAUAAUCAGCUAGAGACUUACAGAAAGGAAUUACAUGAACUGUUCCAUCUGCCCUCUGAUAGACCAUAUUUAAGAAGAGCGAAUGCUUAUCGCUUUCCAGACGAAUCAUAUAAAGAUGGCUAUCUCAGAAAUCCACACAUAUACCUCAAUCCACCUGGCAUAGAGGCUGGUAUGGAUCGAAUAGAUGAUAAUGGCUGGGGAUGUGCGUACCGGUCUCUGCAGACUAUCUGUUCAUGGUUCAAGCAUCAGGGUUACACAGAGAAAUCUAUACCUACACACAAGGAGAUUCAACAGGCACUAGUUGAUGUUGGAGACAAACCAGCUGCAUUUGUUGGAUCGCGGCAGUGGAUUGGCUCUAUUGAGGUACAACUUGUAUUGAACCAGUUAUUAGGAAUAACUUCAAAAAUACUGUUUGUCAGCCAGGGUUCUGAGCUAGCUUCUCAGGGAAGAGAACUUGCUAAUCAUUUCAAGACUGAAGGAACUCCAGUUAUGAUUGGUGGAGGCGUUCUGGCUCACACAAUACUAGGAGUGGCAUGGAAUGAGGUUACAGGACACAUAAAAUUUCUGAUUCUAGACCCACAUUACACUGGUGCAGAAGAUCUGCAUGUUAUCUUGGAAAAGGGUUGGUGUGGAUGGAAGGGCCCAGACUUUUGGAGCAAAGAUGCUUACUACAACCUCUGCCUACCUCAGCGACCAAAAACUAUUUAAAUUCCAAUUGCAAAAAAUCAUGUUAAUCCAGAAUUUAAGACUUGGUACAGACAGAGCUGUCUUAUUUAAAAUAAAAUGCAUAAGCUUUAGAAAAAUUUUAAUUAUUUUCAAUUUAAACGGUGUUUUGUCAGUCAAAAGUAGCUGAAAUAAAAAUGCUAGUUGAAUUCUUUACACUGCAAUUUAAGUAUAAAAUAUCUUUUUAAAUAAAAAACAUCAAAAAUGGAAGAAGAGUAAAUCACAUUCAACUGCAUUCUUGUAUAGACAAGUUUAAUUAAAGGAGUUUACCUUAAUCUAAUAUUUUUAAUGUUUUUUGCUUUCUGAAGGCUCCUGAAGUGCUUUACAAAUUUAGGGACUGGUCCUUUAACAUUUACUCAUGUAAGCAGCUCUUGCUCAUAAAAGUAAAGACAGCUCUUGUAAGUAAGAUGUGCAGAAUCCUUAGUGCUCCUUAGAGCCCGCUCUGUAGUGAAGUGUGAUAACCAUUUGACAGCAGCCAGUAAUAUCACACAACAACUUGAUAGGCAGGGAAUGCCACUUAACGAAAUGUUAAUCUCCUACAGCACUUUGGAGCCAGAGAGAAGCACUGUAUGUGCUAAGUAUCAACUUUGUUUUGCUAUUUACCUGAGAAGAGACUGCCCUAUUAUACAUAGUCUACAAUUGAACACACACAGAGCUGUAUGAAUACAAGUAUUCUAGAAAAAUGUCUUCUUCAAGAAGCAAAAGUAACCAAGGUUUCCUCCUCCUCAGAAGGAAACAGCAGAACAUCAAAUAUUGGGUUGCUUAGUUCAUAGACCAAUAAUGUUGUUUUUGCAGACUUCAGAUUCUUUUCAGGGUUACAGGUUUUCCCACCUGCAGUCUAAGACGUAAUAUCUGUUCAAAACAAAAGAGCUUACUUUACAAAAUAGAAGUAUACAUCUCGAUUUAUCAAAACACUUGGCUAUAGUAUAGCAUAGCUGUUUAAUGCAUCCCUCUCGCUUACUACCUAAAACAUAGGUAGUUGUAUUUAAAUUUUAAAAAAACGUUUUGUGCAUUUAAUUGAAUUUGAAAUUUCCAUCCAAGUAGAGAUUGACACAAAUCACAAGGAAAAAAUUAAUCGAGUAAGUAGUUAAGGUUUAUGCUUACUUAAAUUAAUGUGUAUAAAUAUAGCAUACUCUCCUGGUUAGCAAAAAGACUAUAUUUACUUGCAAAUCAACAUGUUUUAAGGGGUUACCAACCAAUAAGAAUAAACUUUUCUUGAGGAAAAUAACUAAAAAGAAUAAAAGCCAUUAUUUAAAUCAA